AUGGCGCGCAACUCCGAAAAAGCCCAGUCCAUGCUCUUCCGCUUCCGCGAAGCGCAAGCAGCAGACCUGGGCAUCAUCGACGCGGGGCGAUCCCGACGACCGCGCGGCAUCACCGAGCAGGACAGCAUCCCGGCAUGUGAGAAGUGGCGCGGGCAGGUUCUCAAGGAGAUCUCGCGCAAGGUGUCACGCAUCCAGGACCCGGCGCUGUCCGACUACCAGAUCCGCGACAUCAACGACGAGAUCAACAAGUUGAUGCGCGAGAAACACAUGUGGGAAGUGCAGAUACGAAAUCUCGGCGGGCCGAAUUACACGCGCAGCGGCGGGAAGGUGUAUGACGAGGCCGGCAGGGAGAUACAAGGGGGUGGGAAGGGGUAUCGAUAUUUUGGCCGGGCGAGGGAGUUGCCGGGGGUCAAGGAGUUGUUUGAGGCCGCGGCGAAAGCGAAGAAGGAGGACGAGAAGCCACUGGAAGAGAGGAUGGAUUUGAGGCGGCAGGUGAAUGCGGCGUACUAUGGCUACGCACCAGGGGAAGAGGAUAAGGAGCUGUUGGAAUACGAGUGGGAAAGAGAGAAGAUGGCCUUUAAGGGGUUGGCUAAGGCCGGGCCCGCCGAAACACCGCCUGGGUGGGAGCCAUUGCCAGGGGAUAUAGGAGAUGGGCGAGCGUGGGAGCUGCCGACGCUAGAUGAGGUUCAGCAGGAGCUUAUUGAGCGGCGGCGGCGAAAGCUGUUGGAUCAGUUGUAG